AUGCGCGAAGCGCCUUCACACGCAUCAACGCCGCCGCAGAGCGCAUCCACAAGCCAAAAUCUAAUGCAGAGUCGUGGUGUGCCACCUACACCUCCCACCUCCUCUGGUGGUGCUCCACAGAUAUCGCUGACGCGGUCGCGAUCUCCCUCUGCUGACUCGCUGGGAUCAACGUCGAAUGAGCGGUAUUUUGACGCGGAGGAAGAAGACGUGCAGACUAAGCGGCGUUCUCUUUUACGAUCGCCUGGGACUGCGAGCAGUCCCGACCUUGCCACGCUUGUUCGGAAGGCUAAACAGCGGAGUGCUGCCGGGCAUCACGACCAGCAUACGAAACGCUCGAGAGAACAUACUGGUGGCACUGGCACAUCAGACGGCCGCACUCCCGUCUUAACUCAGAACGGGUUUUCUCCUGACAGUCAACAUCUGCAACAGCAAAGUAACGCACCACGUACUCGUCCUCGCUCUUCCACGACAGUCAACCGCAGUGAGGGCUUGUCGAUGGCUCAUAAGGGAAAGUUGUCAAAGAGCAAAGCACCCGAUGCUUCACCAUCUCAUAUCCCUUCUCAUCAUUCCCCCAUCAGCUCAGAUUGGAUCAAUUCGAACUCAAGAAAUAGAUCAGACACCGUUAUGAGCAAAGGCAAGUCUUCUGUCCGCUCAAAAACGAGUGCCUUCCUUGGCAAAAUCAUUGGGCAAGGAUCUGUACGGGAUAAGACUCGUGAUUUCUUCGGUUCUCCGAUGACACCAAUUUCAACGUCGUACUCCAGCUCAAGUUUUUAUCAAAGCGACGACGCACCACCAGUUCCUCCCAUUCCUCAAGAACACCGUCCACCGUCAGCAUCACCAAUUGCUGAUUUAUUUAUUAGUCCACCUGCAACACCUGACCUGGGAAAACCUCUUCCACGAUCACCGCGCUCACCAAAUAUGCCAGUACCUCCCAAUCAUGAUCCGAAUGAUUCAAGUGCCAUUUCUGUAGAUGAGCAUGCUAUUUCGAAUUUGCGGUCGUCUUCGCCGGAAAGAACUAUUAAGGGCAAGGCGCCUGCAUCCACCAAGAGGCGGAGUAUGAGUGUAAGUGAAGCAGACCUCAAGAAAGUGAUACUUGGAGGAGCAACUGAACGGAUACGUUCAUCUUUGAACAAGGAGUGGGACUCGGGUUCGGAUUAUAGCGCGAGUGGAGUCAUCAAAGAUUUCAAAGGCGAAUUGUCAUCGCAACUUGAUGGUAUCUCCGCGUCUUCACUUGAUCUCAAGGACCCGUCAACUCCGAAAAGGUCGACGUUUGAGUCUGAUCCCACGAGUACGCUCGCAGAUGCACGAGGUAGGCUUCAUGAACGCACCCAGCGCCCUGAGCUUUGGAUGCUGUCGUCCUCACCUGCGCCGACAAGUUCACCAUCAUUAACCAUCGACACCAAUGUCAACGUAGAAGAUCCCAUUGUCCCUCCUCAGACGAUCCGCAAGAAUUCGGUCAAGUUCGGCCCUCGUCCACAGCGGUCUGGAUCAAUAACUGCGCAAAGUGCAGUUUCAAGCCCACCUUCGACAAUGCGUGAUACGUCUCGACUGAGCGUGCAGCAUCGGUCAAUUGCGUCAAGCUCGGAGCCUUCGCUAAUCCCCGCGCGUGAUGAUGAAAAUAUUCUUGGUCGUGAUCCAAAACGGACCGUCCGACUAGUACCUUCAUCUACAUCAGUGGGCUGGCCGGAAGCUGCGUCUCCAGCUCUUUCAACGAGUAUGAGUUCGCAGACGGACCUCACAGAGGAUACAGGAAAUGGUCGCGUGGCGUCUUCUGCUGCAUCUCGAGAGGAGCCGCUUGAUGCUGACGCGAAGGCGAAGGAGCUUGCUGUGAAGUGUUGGAGGGAAGAUGACGAUUUCCUUCCUAAAGAGAAAAUAGCUGAAUGGCUUGGCGGCCACAAACUGGUCAAUAAGCUUGCACUACGAUACUACAUGGACUACUUUGAUUUCUCUGGUCUUCGGCUUGAUGUCGCAUUCCGAAGAUUAUGCGCGAAGUUGUACCUCAAAGCCGAAACCCAGCAGGUUGACCGGAUCUUGGAAGAGUUUAGCAGACGAUAUUGGGAGACCAAUCCAACAACCGUGUAUGGAAGCGCUAGCGUCGUCCACGCUGUCUCAUAUUCUCUUCUGCUUCUCAACACGGAUCUUCAUGUUGCCGAGCUGGCGUCGCGCAUGUCACGAAACCAGUUUGUACGAAACACACUUGCCGCGAUUCAAAUGCAAAUUAGACCAAAUGGUUCCGUGAGGGCAUCUACACCAGAAUUGACGCAUGAUGAUGGCAGUAGCAUUCGUGGUAUUGGCUCAGAUGGAAGCGAAGCUGGCGCAAGUGCGUUGAGAAGUAGAGGAGGUCGUAGUGCGAGUGUGACGAGCUGGAAUAGCGUCUCGCGGGAUUUCAUGUCAACGCCUGCAACUACACCCAAUAGCGGUUCGUCCCAGACGCAGCUUAACGGAAGUAGCACCUCAGUGCAUGAUCCUCGUGCAAAGAUGCCAGGCACUCCUCCCGUAACGUACGGUCGGAACUUCGACGUCGAUAUGGAGAAUUUGUUGAAGGAAAUGUACACGGCAAUUAAGAAUCAACAGAUCUUACAGCCUCUAAAUGCAGUAGAACGUGCGUCCGUGUCUUCUGGUCCCGGUGUACACCUCUAUCGCAAUGGAAGCCGACGACAAAACGAUCGGGUAGCCAAUCUCAAGCGAGGCAGUGUACGCGGAAUUCAGUCAUUGUUCAGUGCACAUGCGGGCUCCAGUCCAUAUGGGAACAGUGGGAGUCUUGACGGUCGGAUUAGUCCAGUACCAAGCUUCGCAAAUUCGGCGCAUGAGGUGGGCUUGACCGCACUGGCUUCUGCAAGCAGCCACUUCUUACCGCCUACAUUGGGCUUUGCUUCGAACUUAUCGCAUACGAUCAUUCGUGAGGCCCAGGAAGACGAUGUACGGAGUACCCGCAGUGAUCGGACUGAUUCUUCGAGUGUGAGCAUUACUGAUGAAGAACUCGCGUUGCUGGGAGCACCAUGGGCAAAAGAAGGUAUGCUAUGUCGUAAACAGUACUACGAGUGUGCCGGGAAGAGGGCGAAGUCAAAGAAUUGGCUCGAUGUCUUUGUGGUUAUCCAAAAGGGGGAAUUGAACAUGUUCAUUUUCGGCGAAGGAGGAGGCGGCGGUACAUCUGUCGUCGGUGGUGGAAACUGGCUGGCCAAUGCUCAACCAGUUGGAACAGUCUCCCUAUCACAUUCACUUGCGCAUGCCCUACCGCCCCCUGGAUACAGUAGGCAACGACCGCAUUGCUUCGUAUUAACCCUAGCUUCUGGUGGUGUGUACUUCUUCCAAGCCGGUACGGAGGAACUUGUCAACGAAUGGGUUUCAACGUGCAACUAUUGGGCAGCUCGUUUGAGCAAGGAACCUCUAGCAGGAGGUGUCUCGAACAUGGAAUACGGUUGGAACCGGGCAAUAGAUCUUGACGAUGACCGACCUUCUGUAUCUGGAGAUGAGCCUACACCGCGGGAUACUGAUACGUUCAGCACGCGGAGUACUCGUAGUUGGCAUGGAAUGAAGGAUUCAUUUUCAUUGCGUUCGCAUACUUCCCCGUAUGCGGAGCGCGUGGUUAUACAUGAUUGGAAGCCGCCGAUGCCAUCUACUGUGCCCAGCACACAUGACGAGGAGACGCAGUUGGAUGCACUUCAGAAACAUGCUGCUUCGUUGAAGGCAGAUCUGAACAAGCAUAAUCUUCUUCGUACGCCAAUGCAACAACUGUACGCACCCCGCACCACAAACGCGAACAAAGCAAUGGCGAACUGGGAACGCAAAUCCCAAUAUCUCUUGACCGAAAUUGUCAAAUACGACUCGUAUGUCGAGUCGCUAAAAGCCGCGAUGUCAUUACGGCUAAAGAAGCGGGGUGAGAAGGCAUUGGAAAAGGCUCUGGUGGCCGUGAGCCCAGAAGACGAGAGUAAUGGCGCAGGUGGGAAGCGUUGGAAAGGAUACCCCGAGGAGGAGACGAUACCCGAGAGUGACGAACCGCCCCCCACACCUGGGGCCGGUCCUAGCCUGUCUGUGCAGCAGCAGCAGGAGAGGAAGAGUGGUUCGCGCUCGAGCUCGAAACAUAGGAGGGAAUCUGCGGAGACUUAA